GUUGUCUCCUAUCCUCGGAUCCAAGUUGCUUUAAGAGUACACCAUGGCCCCAACCACUUAUAGAUCUGAUAGGACUGUUCUUAAAAUUGUCACCACUGAAAAAAAAGGCAGGGAGGCUGCCUUGGAUCCGGUCAAGAUUCCCCAACUCGCUAAUGCUAUCCCCGAAAUCAACCUCCAAGAAGCUCCCAUGGAGAAGGACAUACCUGUCAGCAGGUCCAGAAGGACACUCAGGGAGAUACUAUCUUUGUUGUGCCGAAACCUGAAAUCAUACACUAUCAACAAAGUAUGGCCUGGUGUGUGGGGACAACCUGCAAAUGUGAAGUACUGUUUACAAACACCGACCCUUGAGGACCUCGUAAAGGAGAUGGAGACGCUAAAGAUACAAGUAGGAACUUUGCAAGCUCGACAGGAGGCCCAAAAAGCAACCAUGACAAAACGGCAAGUUGCAAAGGACAUAUUUCAAGCGCUCGGAGAAAUAGCUUGGACUCAAAUUUCUGCCGAGAGGAAGUUUGACCUUGCCAGCACGAAAGACAUCAACAACUUCACGGAACUCUACUACAACUUUAGGGCCGACACGGUGACCAUGGCCGCAUAUCAGUCAGUCAGCCCUGAAGUUCGCAGAUUUGUUGAUGCUGCCAUAGUGUUGAAAAGGGAGGUCAAGGGAGAUCAAGGUCAUGUCGCGCACCCCGACAUUAGUAUGGCAUGCUUGCAGGAAGUGCUCGACAAGCUGGGUAUCAACGGCGUCCUUAGGGAUCAAUUGAUUUCCGACGUGCAAACAGAAGCAUGAUUGAUUUCCGUUGACGGCGUAGUUCAGGUUCCUUGCAUUAUCCCCAAAUCACUUUAAUUCGCAGUUUGUAUCAUCCUAGUAGCAGCCUCGAUAGCGCGCUCGAGGUAGUCGAAAUGGUUGGCCAUCGCCCCUCUAAGCAUGAUCGCCGCUGUACGCGUCUUCUCAGCGCGGCUCUGAUGCCCGUCCUCGCCGGGAGCGAGCUGACGGAGGACGGUGACGCGGUCUCCACCGAUCUCCG